GCUGCUGGUCAUAUUCCAGCCAUCAGUGGAUGUGGAUCAAUGCCUGGUUUACAGCUUUACAUCAUCCUUGAAAUGCCUGGGAAAACAAAGAAACGCUCAGACCGUCAAUUAGAAACUAUUAGUGAAAAAACAACACAUAAUCUCUCCGGUCUCGCUGCCCUACUCCCCUCUCUCAUCUUCCUCACUCGCUCCAACUGGAGACUGCACUAGAGGGAUAAUUCCUGUCUUGAUGGACCUGUAGGACAGACUUACCCAAAAAGGGAGACACAGGGGGUUCAGCCCUUAACUGGUGCAGAAUGUAUACUACGGAAGAUACUUCACAGAGGAUGGAGAUAUUUGGGAGAUGAGGAAUCAAGUGGUAUAUGUUUGUUUUCAACUCAAUACCAUGCACUGGACUUGGAUUUAGAGGGACUUUUUGAAGACAAGAAGAUAUUAUCAUCAAACUCACCUUUUUGCUUUUGCUGGAUAUCAAGGGGUUAAAUGAAGGGCACCUGGAACAGAGUGACUGUUAAUGGAUCUCUACCUUCACUCUAUCUUUACCGUCUUCAUCACGAGGAGCAUCGUCACCUGAGAGUUCACUUCCUUUAACACUGUGUGUGGGUGGGAAAAUGGGGGGAGUAAAGUGUGACCAAUAGAUUUCAGGGUUCGCAGCUAUUUUUCAGACAUCUUGUUCAAUUGUUUGUUUUGAUGUUUUCUUAGACACACACAUCCGGCAGCAAACAUUUGUUAAGUUGUGGAAAACGCAUCCAAUAUGUUCAGAGCUGGCCAAUAGCAAGCUGAUAAAGGUUCUUAUUCAAACAAGUCAGCCAUGGUGCUGGAAGGCAUGGAACUGAUUGCAAUUACUGUAGUCAUUGGCCUGUUUUUUGUAGUGUUCAAGCAGUUUGGUGUCUGGGAGCCCUUGACAUUAGAUGAGAGUAGCGACUGUGAAUUGGAGCUUUCUACUGUUCGUCACCAGCCUGAAGGCUUGGAACAGCUCCAGGUCCAGACCCAGUUCACCAAGAAGGAGUUGCAGUCACUCUACAGAGGCUUUAAAAACGAGUGUCCCAGCGGGCUGGUGGAUGAGGAGACUUUCAAGAACAUCUACUCACAGUUCUUCCCCCAGGGAGAUGCCACCACAUAUGCACAUUUCCUGUUCAACGCAUUUGACAUGGACAGAAAUGGCUCUAUCCGUUUCGAGGACUUUGUGAUUGGACUAUCUGUACUGCUCAGAGGUUCAGAAACAGAGAAACUCCGAUGGGCCUUCAAUCUGUAUGAUAUCAACAAGGAUGGCUACAUCACCAAGGAGGAGAUGUUGGCCAUAAUGACGUCCAUCUAUGACAUGAUGGGCAGGUAUACCUCUCCCAGUGUACGAGAUAUUGAUCCAUCUGAGCAUGUGGACAAGUUCUUUCAGAAAAUGGAUCGGAACAGAGACGGGGUGGUGACCAUUGAUGAGUUCAUAGAGACUUGUCAGAAGGAUGAAAAUAUCAUGGCCUCCAUGCAGCUCUUUGAGAACGUCAUCUAGGUCUAGGAACGGAAGGAGAACAUGGAUAGAAGUAUAAGUCCUGAUGACCUUUUAUUGCUUCCGAUACCAGACCCUACAAGCCCCUCUACACUUUAACCCCUCACCGUUUGAUAAUAGAAAAAUAUUCACACACAUCGAGAUGAGGACAGUAAACAUUUGGCAGGGGGCAUAGGGAAAUGACCUUUUAAACGUUUGAUUCCACUACGCACUGUAUAUGGGAAAAUAAUCCCUUCAAUGGUUCUAUUGACAGUAGAGGUCGACCGAUUAUGAUUUUUCAACGCCGAUACCGAUGCCGAUUAUUGAAGGACCAAAAAAGCCAAUA